UCGACUGCGCGGUCGCAUUCCGCCCCGACUUCCCCUCUGCCAGCGGCCUGGUGGUUUGAGAUGAGUAGAAGAUGUCGGUUUCGGGGCUGAAGGCCGAACUGAAGUUUUUGGAGUCAAUCUUUGACCCAAACCACGAACGAUUCAGAAUAAUAGACUGGAAACCCGAUGAACUCAGUUGCCAAUUCAACGUAACAGGGGAGAAGCUGCUGAUCAUCCACUGCAACAUCACGGAAUCCUAUCCCUCAACGCCACCAAUAUGGUUUGUCGACUCUGAUGAUCCCAGUCUGGCUGAAGUGUUGGAGCGCUUAGAAGAUGUGAGGAAAGGCAGCACAUUGCUUCUACAGCAGUUGAAACGCCUUAUUUGUGAUCUCUGUCGUCUUUACAACCUGCCACAACAUCCAGAUGUAGAAAUGCUGGACCAGCCUCUACCAGCUGGCCCGAUCACCCAAGACAGAAAACACGGGUUAUCAGGUGACGUGACAUCUGAAGAGGAAGAAGAAGACGAAAUGGGAGAGCAGGAUAUUGAUCUGGACCAAGACCUGGACCAUUACGAAAUGAAAGAAGAGGAGCCGGUGGAUGGAAAAAAGUCAGAAGAUGAAGGGAUAGAAAAAGAAAAUCUGGCUAUCUUGGAGAAAAUCCGUAAAAAUCAGAGACAAGAUCACUUGAAUGGUGCAGUCUCUGGCUCAGUGCAAGCCUCAGACCGCCUAAUGAAGGAACUCAGGGAGAUCUACAGGUCACAGAGUUACAAGACAGGUAUUUAUUCAGUCGAACUAGUCAAUGACAGCCUUUAUGAAUGGCAUGUGAAGUUAAGGACGGUAGACCCAGAUAGUCCAUUACAUAGUGACUUGCAGGUCUUAAAAGAAAAGGAAGGAGUGGAUUACAUUCUGCUUAAUUUCUCUUAUAAAGAUAAUUUUCCCUUUGACCCACCUUUUGUACGGGUUGUCUCGCCUGUGCUCUCUGGAGGUUAUGUUUUAGGGGGAGGAGCAUUGUGCAUGGAACUUCUCACAAAACAGGGCUGGAGCAGUGCCUAUUCCAUAGAAUCUGUCAUUAUGCAGAUAAAUGCAACUCUGGUUAAAGGAAAAGCCAGGGUGCAGUUUGGAGCCAAUAAGAACCAGUACAAUCUUGCCAGAGCACAACAGUCAUACAAAUCCCUGGUUCAGAUUCAUGAAAAGAAUGGUUGGUACACACCACCUAAAGAGGAUGGAUAAGGAGCUACUACCACUAUGCACCGGGAACAUGUCUUUGAGUCGUCUUGCUUUCUUUGGAAUAUUUUCCCUCUCUGACUUACUGGGAAUAUAUCAUCGUUCUCACAGAAACCAUCUCGUUGGCUCAUUUGACAAGUAUUCCCGUCACCUCGCUCCAGUAAAGACUUUAUUCCGGUCUCACUUUGCUUCUCCCCCUCAGUGUUUUAGUGAGGAGGAUUAUGUGAGGUUAUCACUAGUUCUGUUUUCUAAAUAUGCUCAUUUGUCUUUUGAAAACAAAAAAAAAACAAAAAAAAACUUUUCUCCCUUGAAAUUUGGGGAAAUGCUUUUUCUUCAGCUGCUUUGACAAAGCGGGCUUCAUAGUCCAUUACCCCUCAUUUAGUGGGAAUUUUAAAGGAAGAUUGAUACAGAAGCAGAACCUCCUCACAACUGCUUUUGUUUCUUUCGUUUCUUUUUUUUUUUCUUUUUUUUCUUUUUUGGAAAUUAACUGGUACAUAAAUGCAAACAUUGUUCUAGAAAUAUUAUUUGGCAUUUUUUUUUAAAAUUAUUAUUUGGGUAUCCUAGACAACAAAAUGAUACGAUUCCAUAUUUUGUAAGCUUAUCUUAAAUUUGAGAUUACCUACUACUCACUGUUUUGUUUUGUUUUUGUUUUUUUGCGCUUGCUUUUUAUAAUGUGUGAAGAACAUCGGGUCAAGCAGAAACAAAAUGCUGCAGUGUUGUGAACAAGUCAACUUGCAGUUAAUUAGAGAAUAAGGCCGAUAGGUAUGAAAUAUAUCAGAAUUUCCAUAUUGUAUAUCUUAUAGUGAGAGGAUACAUAAGAUUGGAAGUUCUAACCCCUCUUGGGUCCUCUUGCCUUAUUUAUGUUAAAGGCUGCAAGUGCUUUUCUUUUUCUUUUUUCUUUUUUUUUUUUAAAUAGCUGUAGAGGUUGAUGACUAGUUGGAUGCUGACAGUGAAGCCCUCUGUGUGUAAAGUUAACAGCAAGUUGUACAGAAGCCCCCUAUUCAGCCGCUGAUCUAAAAAGCUGGGUUUGAUUUGAUUGCAGUCAUUUCAUCCAGCAGAUCUGCUGGAGUGGACUUUGAGGAAAUUAAGGUUUUCUGGAUGUUUCUUUGUUGUUCUUGUUUUUUUGUUUUUUUUUUUAAAUUUAAUUUUAAAGCAAAUUUGUCAUAUCAUCCUCGCAUAAAUUUGUUGUAGUGUUUUGUUUGUUUGUUUUUGUUUUUUGUUUUUCGUUCCCCUCCCUACCCAUUUAAAAUUUGCCGCCCUGUCACUUGACAUGACUUGGAGCUAAAUGUCCAUUAUCUGUAGGGCUUCCUCUGCCAUUACAAUAUAGCACAGGUGUGUUUCAGUGUUGCUUGUGGAAAAGGAUGAUUUAGUAGUGUGAUUAUAAAACUGUACAUUCGAACUUUGACCAUGCAAUAUCCUGUAGUACACACAGAGUGCUGCUGUUCCCCAAAUUACAGGACACACGUUGUAUCUAUCAAUCUGUUGGCUCUUUUGCAGUUUAUUUGCUAACACUGUCUGCAAAAGUACAUUUGAAUGGCAACUCAGGUAACAAACAGUACUUAGGAGGGGGAUCUGUACAUGUCCAUGUUGAGCUGCGAGUGACUUUCUGGGUUUAAUUAAUGCUCAGUUUCAGUAAUGUUUUGACAUACUUGCCCACUGAUGAACUGAACUUUAAAACACAGGUCGCAUGACUUUGUAAUAAAGCAAUUUACAUAGCGAGUGCUGGAUUGCAAGGAGCAUGUUAACCAGUCUGUGUAAUUGCUCUCACUGAUUUUUUUAUUUUUUUUUCCCCCCCACCCCCCUUCUCCCCAGAGAGGUGUCAUAUCGUGAAUAAUUUCUGAUCAGAAUUUCUUUUUUGUUCUCAGCACACUGCUUACAUCCUGUUGUAACAGGUCUGAUGUAUCUGAGGGUGGAGGUUAUUAUUAUCUUUUAUCAAGACCCUUUCACCAAUGAUGGGGACCCGUGUGGUCAGGUGUAGAGAGGAGGUGCACAUUAAACCCUCUGUUACAGACCCUUUAUCCACAUGUGUGACUGCCUCCCUCCAAAAUACAAAAGCUUGGGUCACAGCAGAUACUGAGAUGAUUCAAGUUUGACGGUCAUGCAAUGGUAAUUGGGCGCUUCUCUAACUGGACUGUGUGUCAUUUAUCUCAAUUCAUUUUCUGGCACCAACAAGUCUGACACUCUUGGCUCAUUUUGGGUUUCGUUCUUUUUCAAUUUGAAGAAAUUUUGACCAUGUACAGUAAUUUGUAAACUUGCAUCAAGUUUAUGAAUAAAGAAUUUUAAGAUUA